AUUCGAGUGAAUCACGUUCUCACGUUCAACUGUUUUCUUUUUUUUUGUUGUGCAACUUAGGCCGUGAGAUGCGAGAGAAAUUCCCGAUGACUUCCUAAGGCAAGGCGACUCCACUCAACCCUUAGAGCAAUCGCACCGCGCCUGUAUGUCGACGGCUCUUGACGCUGCAAGCUGCAACACACCCCGCCCGUGCCCCGCGAUUCGUGAAGACAGUAUUGCGCAUGCUGUAGAGAACAUUCAGAAGAUAUGACUCUGACAAUUCUCACGGACCAGGAUGUUCGGCUCCUGCUUCACUCUCUGACCAAGUCGGACAUACUCGAUAUACAGCAGUCGCUAGCGGAUGCUCUACACUAUUACUCAACGGCGGUUGAGGAGGACGACAAUGGCUGCAGUGCGUCGUAUCAACCCAGCAGAACACAACUAACGCGCAAGGAUGGCUCGACAACACUGUUCAUGCCAGCGAACAGUAUGGACAGCAUGGGCGUCAAGAUAGUCACUCUGAGUGAAGUAUGUGCUAAGAGCUCCGAUCCAGUCGGUCUGCCGAACUUGGACGGCCAACUCAACUUCUCGGAUUCAGAUUCGACGAUCAGUGCAAGGGAAGGCAGCACAACUAGCGAGCCUUCCGCUUUGAGCUCACGCAUGAGCUCGUUAUCCUUGGGCUCCGGGUCAACCGCGGCGACCAGCACGAGCAGUCAUACCACCCCCUUCGAUGUGCCUCCCGAUCUUACCAGGGAAAUGAAGGAAGCCAUCAAAAUGAAAUGUGCUGCUACAAGUCCGAGCGGGAGCUUGACGCUACUGAAUCGUGACGGAACAAUGAGGGGCCUGAUCAAUGCAGCCGAAAUCACAGCGUUCAGGACCGCGUCGGCAAGCACCAUGCUUUUCAAGAAGAGAAACAAUGUACACGACGUUGUCAUUUUCGGCGCUGGCAAGCAGGCAUACUGGCACGCACGACUUGCUCUUGUGCUUCGAGGCAACGAGAUUCACCAUCUCAACUUCAUCAAUCGCUCCUUUGAAAACGUCAUGAGCCUUCUCCACGACCUCUACAAGAUUCCGUGGCCAGUCCAAGUCCCCCAUCCAAAAACUUCCAUCAUCACCCCCGCUCACAACGAAUACGCCCGACAUUUAAAGGCUACACUUCGGGCCUCGAGCGCCAUUUUCUGUACCACACCGUCGGUCGAGCCUCUUUUCCCGGCCGAGAUCCUGACGUCCACCGAAGGGCGAAAGAAAGGCAGAUACAUCAGUGCCAUUGGAAGCUACAAGCCUCACAUGAUUGAGCUUCACACGGACAUCAUCAAGCAGGCUGUCAAGCCACACGACCACCACCAUCAUCACCACAAACAUGCCAAGUCGGGUGGCGCGAUCAUCGUCGAUUCGGUGGAGGCGUGUAUGCAAGAAGCUGGGGAGAUCAUUCAGGCCGGGAUCAGCCCGCGCGAGAUUGUGGAGCUGGGCGAGCUCGUCAUGCUGAAACGGGAUGCCGAGAGACGGAGGAAGGAGAGCGCUGGCAAUCUCGACAGUGAAGGCGUAGAGCUACAGAGCGACAGCAAGAGCAGAAAGAGCGGAAAGGGUGGAACGCAUGAUCACGACGGGGGCUUGAAAGAGUGGCUUGAGAAAGGGAACGUGAUCUACAAGAGCGUUGGCCUGGGUUUAAUGGAUAUCGUGGUUGGCAAGGAACUUUGCGAUCUUGCGGAUAAGCUGAACGUAGGCACGAGGAUAGCCGACUUUUAAAGCCCGCGAUCAUUGUCGUCUUAUGAAUGGGUUUCUGCCGUUUUCCAGCUGUCCUAUGGAGACAACGUACGACAGUAUAAGUAGUCUUCACCUGCCACAACGAGCCUCCGAAGUUGAACCGUGUGACAAAAGUAUAAUCAUCAGGAUCGCGGCCGAUGGUGGAAAAAUACUACGUUACGUCUUUCAGAAACUUGGCACGUUCUUUCCACAUAACCGGUGCAGUCCAAAGUUUUCGGAAUCAGGCCGGCCUUCAUCGGUGAAGCCCUCUAAAGGCUCGCUUUGCAUUGUACCUCGAACCCAACGCGUCGCGCACGAGCCGAUGGAAAUUGCGCGUUCAAAUCGAGUUUGCACUUUGGUUCACGCCUGGGAGAAGAGUCAGAAGUCGUAUUAUUGUACUGGGUGAUUGCAAUCGUCGGGUAGCUAGGCCCGGUUUGCGCCUGAGCAUCGUAGUUAGCCGUCCUGCCUUCACUCAUGCCAUUCUUGUAACGACAUGGUCAAAGCAACCGCUGGCUUUUUACGAGAAGGUUUGAAAAUUAAAAGCAAAAUGAAAAAAGUGACUAAAUGAUUGAGCUGUAAAAUCUGCCCAAAAUUCGUAGGGAUAAG